AUGAUUCCAUUCGUCAAGUUGCAAUCCGCAUCAGGUCACGACUUUGAUGCCACAUGUAAAAGCUGGUGUGGGACUGUAUUCAUAACCUGCCUGAAUCACUUGACAGUAAAUGUGGCAGAAAGUGCUGGGCGGACCAGAACCCCAUCUAAGAAUCCAGAAGCACACGCCCAUAUCCCCCUGGGAUAUCUUCUGGGAUCAUCCAUCGGAUGUUCAACCUUGGGAGGGCUGCAAAACUGCAGACAGGCAGCUUGUUGUCCACAUAUUCCAGUGCUGGCCCAGAAAUGGGGCCCCAGAAUGCUGAGCUGA